AGCUUAACCCUCACAGCUCUGGAUGGUGGGUCUCCACCGAGGUUAGGAACAGCCCUGGUUCGAAUCCUGAUCGUGGACAUCAAUGACAACGCUCCUGAGUUUGUGAACAGCCCCUAUGAGGUGCAAGUCCUAGAGAACAGUCCCCCAGAGUCCCCAAUCCUGACUGUCUUAGCACGGGAUGCAGAUGCUGGCAACUUUGGGAGAGUUUCCUAUGGCUUGUUCCAAGCAUCAGAUGAAAUCCAAAAAACUUUCUCAAUAAACAAAGUCACAGGAGAAAUUAGACUGAAAAAGAAAUUGGAUUUUGAAAAAAUUAAAUUUUACCAUGUGAAAAUUGAGGCCACGGAUGGUGGUGGGCUUUCUGGAAAAGGCUUUGUAACAGUAGAGGUGUUGGAUGUGAACGACAAUGCCCCAGAGCUGACCAUAUCUUCACUGACCAGCUCAGUCCCAGAAAAUGCUCCUGAGACCAUAAUCAGCAUCUUCAGAGUUGGAGACAGGGAUUCUGGGGAGAAUGGAAAGGUGGUUUGUUCUAUUCCAGAAAACCUGCCCUUCGUUCUAAAAUCCACUUUCAAGAAUUUCUACACUCUGGUGACAGAGAGCCCUCUGGACAGAGAGAGCAGAGCUGAGUACAACAUCACCAUCACUGUCUCGGACCUGGGCACACCCAGGCUCACAACCCAGCACACCAUAACAGUGCAGGUGUCUGACAUCAAUGACAAUGCCCCAGUCUUCACCCAAACCUCCUACACCAUGUUGAUCCGCGAGAACAACAGCCCUGCCCUGCACAUAGGCACCAUCAGCGCCACAGACUCAGACUCAGGCUCCAAUGCCCACAUCACCUACUCGCUGCUGCCACCCCAGGAUCCACAGUUGGCCCUCCCUUCAUUAAUCUCCAUUAACCCCGAAAAUGGGCAGCUGUUCGCGCUAAGGGCUCUGGACUAUGAAGCCCUGCAGACCUUCGAGUUCCGCGUGGGCGCCAUAGACCAAGGCUCACCCGCGCUCAGCAGUCAGGCUUUGGUGCACGUAAUUGUGCUGGAUGACAAUGACAAUGCGCCCUUCGUGCUCUACCCACUGCAGAACGCCUCUGCGCCCUACACUGAGCUGCUUCCCAGGGCUGCGGAGCCUGGAUAUCUGGUCACCAAGGUAGUGGCAGUGGACCGCGACUCUGGCCAGAAUGCCUGGCUGUCAUUCCAGUUGCUCAAGGCCACGGAGCCAGGGCUGUUCAGCGUGUGGGCGCACAAUGGCGAGGUGCGCACCACCAGGCUGCUGAGCGAGCGCGAUGUGCCCAAGCACAGGCUGCUGCUGCUGGUCAAGGACAAUGGUGAUCCUCCGCGCUCUGCCAGUGUCACUCUGCACGUGCUAGUGGUGGAUGGCUUUUCCCAGCCCUACCUACCUCUGCCUGAGGUGGCGCCUGACCCCUCACAGGAAGUUGAGGAUGCGCUCACUGUGUACCUGGUCAUUGCCUUGGCAUCUGUGUCUUCUCUCUUCCUCUUGUCUGUGGUGCUCUUCGUGGGGGUAAAGCUGUGCAGGAGGGCCAGGGCAGCCUCUCCGGGUGGCUGCUCUAUGCCUGAGGGACUCUUUCCUGGCCACAUGGUGGAUGUCAGUGGCACAGGGACCUUGUCCCACAACUACCAAUAUGAGGUGUGUCUGACCGGGGACUCUGAGACUGGUGAGUUCAAAUUCCUCAAACCCAUGAUCCCCAACCUGUUUGUUCAGGACGCUGGGAGAGAACUUACGGAAAAUCUUCACUGCAGGGAUAGCUUUGUAAUCAGUUAAGUCAGAGGUUCUCAGCCUACAGUUUACAACCCAGUGGGGGUCGAAGGACUCUCACCGCGGUCGUCUAAGACCCUCAGAAAAUUCUUAUGAUACACAAA